CAGCUAGGGACGUUUUCCUCGGUGGAAAAUCCCUUUGCUUUUUGUGCGUGUCGUUUUUGUCUUCUCGGAUGCUUUUUGACACCUAAUUGAAGAUGGCGACGUUGCAGCUGUACACCAAGGGGGCCAACGUGUGGACUCCUGAUCCAGAUGCAGUCUGGGUGUCGGCCCAGCUCGUUCAGGACUACACACCUGAUGACAAGCACGUGCUCCUGCGGGUUUCAGGAGGGAAGGAGUCACUUUACCCGGUGGCGUCGCCGUCCGACCUUCCUCCGCUAGCUAACCCUGACAUCUCAGAAGGCGAGAAUGACCUGACGGCACUUAGCUUCCUCCACGAGCCUGCCAUCCUGCACAACCUCCGCGUUCGCUUCCUGGACUACAACAGCAUCUACACUUACUGCGGUAUUGUGCUGGUGGCUGUCAAUCCCUACGAUGAGCUCCCCAUCUACGGCGAGGAGGUGAUUGACGCCUACAGCGGUCAGGACAUGGCUGAGCUGGAGCCUCACAUCUUCUCUGUGGCGGAGAACGCUUAUCGCACCAUGAUCAGGGAAGAGAAAAAUCAGUCCAUCAUCAUCAGCGGCGAGUCGGGUUCCGGCAAAACGGUCUCGGCCAAAUUCACCAUGAGGUACUUUGCGGUGGUGGGAGGAGCCGCUCAGCAGACCAGUGUGGAGGACAAGGUGCUGGCCUCCAAUCCUAUCAUGGAGGCCAUCGGGAAUGCCAAAACCACCCGGAACGACAACAGCAGUCGCUUUGGGAAAUACAUCCAGAUCGGUUUUGGCGGUAAAGGAGACAUUAUCGGGGCCAACAUGAGCACCUACUUGCUGGAGAAGUCCAGAGUGGUCUUUCAGUCAGGAGCAGAGAGGAACUACCACAUCUUCUACCAGCUGUGUGCCUCCAGACAACUGCCUGAAAUGAGAUCACUUAAACUAGCUGCUCCCGAAUAUUUUCGCUACACAAACCAAGGAGAUGCAAAAAUUGCUGGGACUGAUGACGUGAUGGAAAUGGAGCGCACUCGCAAUGCUUUCACCAUCCUGGGCAUCCUUCCCGACCAGCAAAUAGAGCUGUUCAGAAUCCUGGCAGCUGUUCUGCACUUGGGCAAUGUGAAGAUUUCAGGCACUGGACGCACUUCUGAUCGUUCUUACAUUGAUGCAGAUGACAGUUCUAUGGCUGUCUUCUGCAAGCUUCUGGGUGUUGAGGCCGCCCACAUGGCCCAUUGGCUAUGCCAUCGCAGGUUGGUGCUAGCGGGCGACACGCUGAGCAAGCCUAUGACGGGUCAGCAGGCCAUCGAGGCUCGAGAUGCCCUGGCCAAGCAUAUCUAUGAGCAGAUGUUCCAGUGGACCGUGCACAGACUCAACUCUGCCCUACGUAGUCAGGCAGGUCGUGCCAAAACCUUCAUAGGAGUGCUGGACAUCUAUGGCUUUGAGACCUUUGAGCGGAACAGCUUUGAGCAGUUUUGUAUCAACUACGCCAAUGAAAAACUGCAACAGCAGUUCAACAGGCACGUGUUCUACCUGGAGCAGGAGGAGUACAUACGUGAGGAGCUGACAUGGAGCAGGAUCGAGUUCAGCGACAAUCAGCAGUGUAUUCAUCUCAUUGAAGGACAGCUUGGCCUCUUGGACCUGUUGGAUGAGGAGUGCAGGAUGCCCAAAGGUUCAGACGACAGUUGGAUCCAGAAGCUGUACGACCAGCACCUGACCAGCCGACGUCAUCCCAACUUCCGCAAACCUCGCACGUCCAACACCGCCUUCGUCAUUCUACACUUUGCUGACACAGUGCAAUACCAAUGCGGCGGUUUCCUCGACAAGAAUCGAGACACCGUUUUUGAGGAGUUGGUCAAUGUUAUGAAAGCAAGUCAGUCGGAGCUGGUAGCCGAGUUGUUCCAACAGCAAGGAAAGGGGAGCGGUGUGGCCAAUGGGCGAAGAGCCCACAGAGAACACAAGUUGACCGUGGGCUUUCAGUUCCGUCAGUCCUUGCAGAUGCUGAUGGAGACUCUGAACAGCACCACACCUCACUACGUCCGUUGUAUCAAACCAAACGACCUCAAGGAGCCUUUUAUGUUUGACCCGAAGAGGACGGUGCAGCAGUUGAGAGCAUGUGGAGUGCUGGAGACGAUCCGAAUCAGCGCUGCUGGUUUUCCAUCCAGAUGGACGUACGAGGAGUUCUUCUUGAGGUAUCGUGUUCUGCUGCAAGGGUGCCAGCGCUGGGAGGAGGCUCGGCUCGCAUGCCAGCAGGCUUUGCCUCAGCUCAUCCCCGCCCUGGACCAGUACGUCUUCGGAAAGACCAAAGUCUUUUUCCGGGCCGGGCAGGUGGCUCUUCUGGAGAGGUUGAGAGCGGAGAGGCUUCGAGCGGCCGCUGUGAAACUUCAGAGUUGCGUCAGAGGGUGGCUGGCCCGGAUUUACUACAGCAGAACCCUCAGGGCCAUCGUUGUCUUACAAAGAUACUGGAGAGGAGCGCUAGCUAGGCGUUUGGCUCAGACCCUGCGGUACACCAAAGCUGCUUUGGUAAUCCAGAAGAUUUACCGCAUGCUGGUGGACAGACGCAUGUUCCUCCUGGUCCGCCAAGCCACCAUCAUCAUCCAGGCCUUCGUCAGGGGCACGCUAACCCGUCGUCAGUACCGACUGUUUGUGGCCGAGCGAGCCGCCACGCUGCUCCAGGCCAGAGUGCGUGGGUGGUUGGCGAGGAGAAGCUUCACCAGGUUGCGAGCGGCCGUUGUGUUGGCGCAGUGUUGCGUACGUCGCAAGGCUGCCCGAAAGGAGCUGCUGAAGCUCAAGACGGAAGCUCGCUCGGUGGAGAGGUACCGAGAGCUCAACAAAGGCAUGGAGGUCAAACUGAUGCAGCUUCAGAUGAGAGCAGACCAGGAGGCCAGGGAGAGCGCAGCCCUUAAAGAGACCUUGCGUGUCGAGCGGGAGGUUGCCGCCACUGAACUGGCUGCUCUGAGGGCAAAAAUUGAGAAGCUGGAAGCCCAUCAGAGGGACGCCACUCCAUCUCCUGCGCCUUGUUCCGUCGUAAGCCAGGAGACGGAGCAGGAAAGGAUGCGAGCAGAGGAGAAGGCUGCUCAGGAGCUACUGCAGCUUAAACACGAGGUGGAGACACUGCAGAGAGAAAAGGCUUCACUCAGCGCAGAAACAGAGCGUCUCUCUGCAUGCCUGCUUCAGCAGGAACAGGCACAAGAAGCUCUUGUGCAGCGAGCGGCGUCCCAGGCCACGGCGGCUGUGAGCGCCGAGCUUGACGAGGAGAAGAGAAAGCACCAGGGCCUCCUGCGGGAAUUCACCAGGCUGGAGCAACGAUACGACAACCUGAGGGACAUGAGCCAGCUUACUGAGGGCACCAGGGGCCUCAGGAGAUCCGACUCGGCGCUAAGCUCGGAACCUCUGUCCCCCUCACCGCAAUCCCUCACCCCGCGCUCCCUCUCCCCCUUCCCGUCCGCCUUCCCAUCCCCAGAGGAGGUGCGCCGGGUCAGCGUGACAUCUCCCAACACGGAGGGAGGCUUCACGGAGUGGACUUUGGAAACGGAACAGCUGAUGGACAAGAUGGGCUUGACCAAAGAGUCUGGCGGUGAGCUGAAAGGAGAAGACUUGGCACAUGCCUACGACACAGUACGAGUAGCCAACAAGUUUUUGGAGAGCCAGUUGCUGAGUCAGCGCAACCAGUGGGCGGAGGAAGUGGAGAGGCUGAGAUGUCAGCUGCUUCGAGUUAGCUCGGGUUCGUCUUCUCAUCAGCAGGACCUUCUGGAGGCCAGCGAGCAGGAGUGUGCAAGGCUGAGGAAGGAACUGAAGGAACUUCGAAACAGCGUCCCAUUCCGGCGACUCCUUACCCAAGUUUUGCCGUCAGUGUUCCCCACUGAUGGCUCGCCUUUAGCCCAGCAGAAAGCAGCUGCAGCGGCCGGUCUUCUGGAAUGCAGGAGACGAGAUGAUAGCAAACUCAUCAAGAAUCUCAUCACCGACGUGCGGGCAGACGUGGGCGUGUCGCUGGCUCCCGGGCUGGCGGCAAGCGUGGUCUUCCUGUGUGUUAGGCAGGCGGACAUCAGGGGCGAUCAAACCGCCGCUUCAUCGCUGUGUUGCGCCGCUGUCGCCGCCAUGAAGACGACUCUGAAGAAACACAACAGUGAUUUAGACAUGACUGCUUUGUGGCUGAAAAACAUCAGUCUGUUGCACGACCUGCUGACUCAGCAUGGUCCAAAACAGCUGCGUGUCCGUGAGGACUUGUCGCCGCUGACCUUUGACAUUGGCAAUCUGAGCCACACGCUGAGCGAGCUCCGCAUCCAAGCCUACCAGCAGCUCGUCUCCAUCUCUGAGCAACGCCUGCAGAGCUUCAUAGCCGCCGCCUUGUUGGAGGGCGAAGACAUCCCGACGGGCUCUAGAAGGCGAGCGGGUCCGGCGGAAGGGGCGGACGCUCCCACCGUGGCUCGAGUGUUGAAGGAGUUGGGCGCCCUUCACGCCGCCAUGUCCGGUCAGGCUUUGCCCGCGGCGCUGAUGGAGCACGCCUUCCACCAGCUGGUCUACUUCAUGUCCGCCUCGGCCCUCAACAGCCUGCUGCUCAGGAAGGACGUGUGCAGCUGCAGCCGCGGGAUACACAUACGCCUGAACUUAAGUCAGCUUGAGGAGUGGCUGCGUGACCGUGGUCUGCAGACGGAGGGUGCCAUGUCCUCCCUGGCGCCUCUCAUCCAGGCAGCUCAGCUGCUGCAGGUCGGGAAGAAUUCGGAGGCGGACGCUCGUGCCCUUGUGCGGGCCUGCACCGCCCUCAGCGGCCAACAGAUUGUGAAGAUUCUUACCAACUACACGCCUCAUGGUGAUAUUGAGGAAAGAGUCUCGCUGAAUUUUGUCCGCCUGGUUCAGGGCCUCCUCAAAGACCGCAUAGAUGCUCAACCUCGCCAGCUCCUCCUGGAAGUGAAGCGUGUGUUUCCCGUCACGUUUCCCGUCGAAGUGCCGCCCGCCAUCCACGCGGACAACUUGGUCAUCCCGGACUCCCUUAAAUUAACCUUUCUACGCAGAGUGUGAGCUUUUUUUCUGUCAAUCUCUAACCCAAUUCAAAUUUGCCAUCUUUUAUUGGAAGCAGAACACAACAAGACUGUCGUCCCAAUAACUCCCAGAAACAUAAAUAUUAAAAAAAAAAAAAAAGAUAUAAACAUCUUGUGUAUAAAAAAAAGUCCCAUGCGACUACUUUGCAACACUUCACAUCAUCAUCAUCAUCAGUUAUAAAUAUUUAUAUAUAUUCACAAACAUUUAAAAAUAGAAAAGAAGCUAUCAAAAUAAAGGAGACGAUAUCAAAUUAUUACACGUGCUGGCAAAAAAAAAUGGUUUUUUUUUCCAAAAUUAAGUUUCUUUUUGUUACAGCGGUCCUCUCAUGCACCAUUAGUGGAAGUACAAGACGUGCAUGUGGGGCAGAACAUGCACGUCUGCCUCUUGGUAAUGUGCUUUGUCAUUUUUUAUGUGGUUUUUUUUUUUUUGCUUGUGCUUCGAUCCCAUAACUUCUGCAUGCCUCUGAAAAUGUCAUUGAAUUUGGUGCUAUUGUUCACGUUCGGCUAAUUUUUAUCCCUGUAAAUGCGCACACGCUUCCAUGUGCGUGAAGGACAGCAACAUCCACGCAAUCAUGACCUUCCUUGAGCCAC